AGCAGGACGGCGGAGCUGCACCGCCCGGAGCCCAGCGGCGAGGAAGCAGGGCAGCGGGGAGGCAGGGCGGCGGCGGUGCACAGGGUCCGGCCAGCGGCCGCAAAGGUCUGGACACACGAAUCAGAGCCACGGGCAGCGGCAGCCCAGAUCACGGAGCCCGGCCACCGCAGCGCCCGCAGCCGCGAGCGCGCCGAGGACAGUGCGAGGGCGAGUGCCCGUGGGCGGGGGCGCGCAGGCCCUGCCCGCCCCUUCCGUCCCCACCCCCCUCCGCCCCUUCCUCUCCCCACCUUCCUCUCGCUUCCCGCGCCCCCGCACCGGGCGCCCACCCUGUCCUCCUCCGGCAGGAGCGCUGUCCGCGGCGGCAGCCGGAGCGGGCCGGGCCGGGCCGGCGGGCCGGGGGAUGGCGCUGCUGGACCUGGCCCUGGAGGGAAUGGCCGUGUUCGGGUUCGUCCUCUUCUUGGUGCUGUGGCUGAUGCAUUUCAUGGCCAUCAUCUACACYCGAUUACACCUCAAUAAGAAGGCGACAGACAAACAGCCAUAUAGCAAGCUUCCAGGUGUCUCUCUUCUGAAACCACUGAAAGGGGUAGAUCCUAACCUCAUCAACAACUUGGAAACAUUCUUUGAAUUGGAUUAUCCCAAAUAUGAAGUACUCCUUUGUGUACAAGAUCAUGAUGAUCCAGCCAUUGAUGUAUGUAAGAAGCUACUUGGAAAAUAUCCAAAUGUUGAUGCUAGAUUAUUUAUAGGUGGCAAAAAGGUUGGCAUUAAUCCUAAAAUUAAUAAUUUAAUGCCAGGAUAUGAAGUUGCAAAGUAUGAUCUUAUAUGGAUUUGUGAUAGUGGAAUAAGAGUAAUUCCAGACACACUAACUGACAUGGUUAAUCAAAUGACAGAAAAAGUAGGCUUGGUUCAUGGGCUGCCUUAUGUAGCUGACAGACAGGGCUUUGCCGCCACGUUAGAACAGGUGUAUUUUGGAACUUCACAUCCAAGGUCCUAUAUCUCUGCCAAUGUAACUGGUUUCAAAUGUGUGACAGGCAUGUCUUGUUUAAUGAGAAAGGAUGUGUUAGAUCAAGCAGGAGGACUUAUAGCUUUUGCUCAGUACAUUGCUGAAGAUUACUUUAUGGCUAAAGCAAUAGCUGACCGAGGUUGGAGAUUUGCAAUGUCCACUCAAGUUGCAAUGCAAAACUCUGGUUCAUAUUCAAUUUCUCAGUUUCAAUCCAGAAUGAUCAGGUGGACCAAAUUGCGAAUUAACAUGCUUCCUGCUACAAUUAUUUGUGAGCCAAUUUCAGAAUGCUUUGUUGCCAGUUUAAUUAUCGGAUGGGCUGCCCACCAUGUAUUCAGAUGGGACAUUAUGGUAUUUUUCAUGUGUCAUUGCCUGGCAUGGUUUAUAUUUGACUACAUUCAACUCAGGGGUGUCCAGGGUGGCACACUGUGUUUUUCAAAACUUGAUUAUGCAGUUGCUUGGUUCAUCCGAGAAUCCAUGACAAUAUACAUUUUUUUGUCGGCAUUAUGGGACCCUACUAUAAGCUGGAGAACUGGUCGCUAUAGGUUGCGCUGUGGAGGUACAGCAGAGGAAAUCCUAGAUGUAUAACUAUGGCUUUGUGACUGUAUAUAAAAGAAAAAAGAGAAGUAUUAUAAAUUAUGUUUAUAUAAAUGCUUUUAAAGAUCUACCUUCAGUAGUUUUAUCACAUGUAUGUUUUGGUAUCUAUUCUUUAAUUUAUUUUGCAUGGCACUUGCAUCUGUGAAAAAGAAAAAAGAAAAAAAAACACAUCUGUAGUCUUGGCCAAAUGGUACUCUUUAUUUUGUGGAAGUAGAGAAUCAAGAGAAUUGGUUCUAGGAACCUUGGUUUGUUUUUUGUUGUUUAUUUUUUUAAACAAAUAAAUAUAUAUAAAUAUAUAUAUACACACACAUAUAUGUAUAUGAAUGCUCUGCAACAGACACUAUGACAGUAUCCUUCAGUAGAGAAAGUUUCUUAUUUGAGUCCUCUCUCUCAGCUCAUGGAUGAGCAGAUGGCAGCGUUGUUGAGGGUUUAGGAAGGCCAUGAGCUUUCACAUCUUAAGUGAAUGGUGUCAUGCAGUGAACCACCCAUGGUGAGGUACUAACUGAGAAACUUUUUCAUGCUUUAUGCCUACCUCUUGUAGUUGUUGCAGAGCAAAUAUAAAUUGUAAUAAGGUAGCUAGGCCUUACAGAAACAAAUGGGAAAACUUUUAAAAAAUAAUUAUAAUAAAAGAGCUGGAGUCUAGUAUUUAUAUGGAAUCUGUGAGAGUUUUUUGUUUUUUUGUUUUUUUUUUUUUUUUUUGGUCUCACUGCAAUGAACCAAAAGGGGCUGAGUUUGGUUUUUAAUUGUAGCCAUGUAUUGAAGGCAUCUUUUUGACCAACUCUUGUUGGUUCUGUCUUGAACCAUUGUUAAUCACUGUGCUGUAAUUAGUAUAGCUGAAUCUUUCCUUCCCUGCUCCUUGCUGGGCCCACCCCAUCUUUCCUUAACUUUUUUUUCAGGGGGGGGGUGUUGGGGUGAUUUUGUUUUAGUAUGAGUGGAUGUUUUGAUAGUUGUCAGGAAAAAUGCAUUUCAGAUACAUUUCACACAUGAGCUAUUUUCUUACACAGUAUGUCUUAUUGUUAAUAAGAAUGUAAUUUCAUGAUACAGGUAUUUAAUAUCUUUUUUAAGUAAGUAAAUAUUCUAGCCAUCAAUAAAUAAAUUGCAGUAGAGUAUUAAUUAAGAGGGGACAGGAUGAGUUUUACUCUUAAACUCAAUCAGUAUCAAACUAAGUCUACUGUGUGUUUUUUUUUUUUUUUACUAUGAUAGUCUAGUCUUAUUUAAAUUGGAUUUUUGUAUUCCAGUUUGUAUGACAAAAUAGACUAGAUCAGUGCUAGUUGUGAAUGCAUGCUGUACUUCACUCUUCUCUCCCAGUCAUGCAGCUAAACUUGCUUGUCAGGUUGUUCUUAACUUGUGGUGAACUGGACUUGUUUUUGUUUAAAAAUAUAAGGGACAGUGCAUAAGCCUUUUUAUUAUUAUUAUUAUUAUUUUGGUAGUGGUGGUCUGCUUUUCUUCAGGAUUGGGUGGCAUAUUGUCUAUAUGAUGCCUACUGCAGGGCUAACACUGGCAAUGUGGCAGCUUCGAAUUCUAAGUUACUACAGGUUCCRUGUCAAAGCAUAAAAAGUAGCAUAUUAGCAAUAACUACGUAUUUAUAGAAACUUCACUUUACUGAGCCAACUCAUUUAAUUGUCUAAUAACUAUACACAUUAAAUUGCAAUAUAUCUAUAAAUGUGUAUAUUCUACAUACACAUUUUAUUGAAAUUUUUCU